ACGGGGGCAUCACCGCAGCUGGAGAGAGAGAGAGAGAGAGAGAGAGAGAGAGAGAGAGAGAGAGAGAGAGAGAGAGAAGCAGCGCACCGCAGGCAAGAAUACACGGGAACGACGGGAAGAGAGGAGGCUGCCCCAUCCAUCCGUCCAUCCAUCCAUCCUAUGAAGUUUCCCGCAGGACUUUAUUCAGUUAUGGCUGCAUGAGAGGCUCUGUACCUCCACGUUCCCCUCUCUUGCUCUCUUUUGGGACUUUUGGCUUACCGGUUGUGUCCUGAUAUAAAGCAGUUGUCAUAAAUAUCAUCCGAGCUCUGUCGAUCCACGCGUGGUGUGGACGGGUGGUCAUGGAUACACCUAUAAGAUGGAAAGUAAAGAGGAGGUUUAAGGAGUUGCGACUGUCGGUACUCGUUGUGUUACUGACGUUUGUCACCUCCCGAGCGAGCGCAGCCCAGCCUGCCGAUCUCCUAAAGAUUUUAGAUUUUCACAGUUUGCCAGACGGCGUAACAAAAACGACAGGUUUCUGCACACACAGAAAGACGUCGAAAGGGCCCGAUGUCGCCUACAGAGUCACAAAAGAUGCACAGCUCAGCGCUCCGACUAAACAACUUUAUCCCUCAUCCGUGUUUCCCGAGGACUUCUCUAUCCUGGCAACGGUGAAGCCGAAGAAAGGCAGUCAGUCCUUCCUGCUGUCGGUCUAUAACGAACAGGGCAUCCAGCAGCUCGGAUUAGAGGUUGGCCGGUCUCCGGUCUUCCUGUACGAGGAUCACCUGGGUAAACCUGGCCCAGAGGACUACCCGCUCUUCAGAGGGGUCAACCUGGCAGACGGAAAGUGGCACCGUGUGGCGAUCAGCAUUCACAAACAGAGCAUCACUCUGAUUUUGGACUGUAAGAAAAAGAUCACACGGACGCUAUCCAGAAGCCCUCAUCCCAUCAUCGACACCAAAGGGAUUGUGGUCUUUGGAACGCGUAUCCUGGACGAGGAGGUGUUUGAGGGUGACAUCCAGCAGCUGAUGAUUGUAGCAGACCAUCGGGCAGCAUUUGACUACUGUGAGCACUACAGCCCUGACUGUGAGGUUCCCGCCCCAGAACAACACCAGAACCAAGACCCAAACACUGAUGAAUAUAACACAGGCGAUGAAAACUACUAUUAUGAAUAUCCAUACUAUGAGGACAUGGAGAAGACGGACGAAACGGCGACAACCGAUGAAGCGACUGGAACGACGACAGACGACCUGACGGUGUCUCUUCCGGAUAACAGUCGUGUGAUUACCUCAGUUAUCUCUGGAAGUUCAGGAAGAAUUGGAGGAUCCAGCAGUUCGUCCAGUAGCUCUUCGUCCUCCUCAUCCUCGUCAUCAUCUUCAUCUUCGUCUUCCUCAUCUUCUGACUCUUCCCCAAAAACCGGCGAGGACGCGUACGACUCCUACGAUGGAUACGAGACCGGUUACGAUGGGUACUACGACGAGUCGACCUCGCGGCCCGACGGCUCUCGGACCAUCACGAUCACCAGCACAGGUACAGCAGGAGAAGCGGACCUCGGACUGGGCGGAGAAGUGGAUCUCAGACUGGGCAGCGAGGUGGAUCUCGGACUGGACAGUGAGGUGGAUCUCGGACUGGGAGGAGGAGUGAACAGGCGCAUUAUCACGUCUGGAGGAGGAGGAAGUGGAAGAGUUCACACAACCUACACUAUCACACAUAACGGAACCUCUAGUUCUGGAUCCGGUGUGAGUACCGGCUCCGGCUCAAGUGUGAGUACAGGCUCUGGCUCCAGCGUGAGUACAGGUUCCAGGGUCGGUGGCGGCUCCAGCUCUAGUGUCAGUACUGGCUCCAGUUCUUCAUCUACCUCGGUUAGUGGUUAUGAUGACAACAAUUACGGAGACUAUGAAGAAGGUUACAAUGAAGGAUAUGAAGAUGGAGAUUACACAGCGGGCGGUGGCGGCAGCAGCAGCAGCACCUCUGUGUCCGUUGGAGGUGGGUCUGUUUCGGUUGGGGGCGGGUCUGUGUCCGUCGGGGGCGGAUCUGUGUCGAUCGGAGGCGGAUCUGUUUCCUCAAGUGGCUCAGUGGGAGGGGGCGGGUCCACAAGUGCCGGUGCUAGCGUGGGGACGGGAUCCAUUGCCACAGGAGCUGGACAGGGAGGAAUCAAAGGAGAGGCGGAUUCCAUUGAUAUUGACAAGUUCAAGGAGGAGUCCAUUCUAGAUUACACAGAUGAAGACCUAGAGAAGAUUUAUGACUAUGACACCGAAUACACUGAUCCCAAUAAAGAGCUUCCUGCGAAGACCGGCGAGUCCUACGGCCAGGUGGAUGGAAUCAGAGGAGAGAAAGGCCAGAAGGGAGAGCCUGCUAUCAUUGAACCAGGGAUGCUGGUUGAAGGACCUCCUGGUCCAGAGGGUCCCACGGGUCUCCCCGGUCCUCCAGGUACAUCAGGACCUCCGGGUAGCCCCGGAGACACUGGUGAGAGGGGUCUACCUGGUCGCUCUGGUCUGCCCGGUGCUGAUGGUCUUCCAGGACCUCCAGGGACAGUUCUGAUGUUGCCUUUCCGCAUGAGUACAGGAGGAGACAGUAAAGGUCCUGCUGCUUCUGCACAAGAGGCUCAGAUGCAAGCCAUCAUGCAACAGGCCAGGCUGGCAAUGAGAGGUCCAACCGGACCAAUGGGAUUGACCGGCCGUCCUGGUCCUCUGGGUCCUCCUGGUGUGCCUGGACUUAAAGGAGAGUCUGGAGAGGCAGGACCACAGGGUCCCCGUGGUCCAUUGGGAUCUAUGGGCCCUGCUGGAAAGCCAGGUAGAAGGGGUCGACCCGGAGCAGAUGGAGCAAGAGGAAUGCCUGGGCAGACCGGACCGAAGGGUGACAGAGGAUUUGACGGUCUUGCUGGUUUGCCUGGUGAAAAAGGCCACAGGGGUGAGACGGGACCUCAGGGCCCCCCAGGACCUCCAGGAGAGGACGGAGAAAGAGGUGACGAUGGUGAGGUUGGACCCAGGGGUCUGCCUGGUGAGCCUGGUCCUCGUGGUUUGCUGGGCCCCAAAGGUCCCCAGGGUCCCCCAGGAUCUCCUGGUGUGACUGGAAUGGAUGGUCAUCCAGGACCUAAAGGAAACAUUGGACCUCAAGGUGAGCCCGGCCCUCCUGGACAACAAGGCAACCCUGGAGCUCAGGGACUUCCAGGCCCUCAGGGAGCAAUCGGACCGCCAGGAGAGAAGGGUCCCACUGGAAAGCCGGGACUACCGGGAAUGCCAGGAGCAGAUGGACCUCCGGGUCACCCUGGUAAAGAAGGACCUUCUGGGGAGAAAGGACAUCUGGGACCACCUGGUGCUCAAGGGCCUAUUGGAUAUCCUGGGCCUAGAGGUGUAAAGGGUGCUGAUGGAGUCCGUGGGCUGAAAGGAAACAAGGGUGAAAAGGGAGAAGAUGGUUUUCCUGGAUUUAAAGGAGAUAUGGGCAUCAAAGGAGAUCGGGGAGAACUUGGAGCUGCUGGGCCCAGAGGUGAAGAUGGACCAGAAGGACCCAAAGGAAGAUCCGGUCUCCCCGGAGACCCUGGACCUCUCGGGUCGACCGGAGAUAAGGGUAAGCUCGGUGUGCCCGGUUUGCCAGGUUAUCCAGGAAGACAAGGCCCCAAGGGUUCUCAAGGAUUCCAGGGUUUCCAAGGAGCCAGUGGAGAAAAAGGCACAAGGGGGACACCAGGGAAGCCAGGUCCACGGGGACAGAGAGGACCAACGGGACCUCGAGGAGAAAGAGGACCCAGGGGACCCACAGGAAAAGCAGGACCAAAGGGCAACUCAGGAAGCGAUGGCCCACCAGGACCACCCGGUGAACGGGGCCUGAUGGGACCACAAGGGCCUACUGGAUUCCCCGGCCCCAAGGGCCCACCUGGACCAGCUGGAAAGGAUGGGCUGCCCGGACACCCCGGCCAGAGAGGAGAAACUGGUUUCCAAGGUAAAACUGGACCACCAGGACCCCCAGGUGUUGUCGGACCUCAGGGACCAACAGGUGAAACAGGACCAAUGGGAGAACGAGGUCACCCUGGACCCCCAGGACCACCCGGUGAACAGGGUCUACCCGGACCUGCAGGCAAAGAGGGAGCGAAGGGAGAUCCAGGUCCAGCAGGUCCCACAGGUAAAGAUGGACCUCCAGGGCUACGAGGAUUCCCAGGCGAGAGAGGUUUACCAGGCCCUGUGGGAUCAGCAGGUUUGAAAGGAAGUGAAGGCCCUCCUGGUCCACCUGGACCUUCUGGUUCUCCUGGUGAACGUGGUCCUGCUGGCCCAGCCGGUCCCACCGGCCUCCCGGGCCGACCUGGACCUCAAGGACCCCCGGGCCCUGCUGGAGAGAAAGGUGGACCUGGUGAGAAAGGACCUCAAGGCCCAGCCGGUAGAGAUGGCAUUCAGGGACCAGUGGGACUUCCAGGCCCUGCCGGACCAAUUGGACCUCCGGGAGAGGAUGGUGAUAAGGGAGAGAUUGGAGAACCAGGACAGAAGGGAAGCAAAGGUGACAAGGGCGAGCAGGGUCCUCCAGGGCCAACCGGUCCCCAGGGGCCCGUGGGUCAGCCUGGUCCUUCUGGUGCAGAUGGAGAGCCAGGUCCCAGAGGUCAACAGGGUCUGUUUGGACAAAAGGGAGAUGAGGGAUCUCGAGGUUUCCCGGGACCACCCGGACCCGUCGGCCUUCAGGGCCUACCUGGACCACCUGGUGAGAAAGGAGAGACCGGUGAUGUCGGUCAGAUGGGUCCUCCUGGACCACCCGGACCCCGAGGACCCUCUGGACCCCCAGGAGCCGACGGACCCCAGGGACCACCAGGUGGUAUUGGAAACCCAGGAGCAGUGGGAGAGAAGGGUGAUUCUGGAGAACCAGGAGAACCGGGUCAACAAGGAGAUGUUGGCCCUCUGGGUCCAAGAGGAGAAAGAGGAGAGAAGGGAGAAUCUGGACCUGCUGGUUCCGCUGGUCCUCCUGGUCCAAAAGGACCACCCGGAGAUGAUGGUCCUAAAGGAAGUCCUGGUCCGAGUGGAUUCCCUGGUGAUCCUGGUCCUCCUGGAGAGCCUGGGCCACCUGGUUUGGAUGGGGCUGCUGGAGAUAAGGGAGAUGAUGGAGAAGCUGGUCAGCCAGGUUCCCCUGGACCAACUGGUGAAACUGGGCCCACCGGUCCUCCAGGAAAGAGAGGACCUCCUGGACCUGCUGGACCUGAAGGAAGACAGGGAGAGAAGGGUGCCAAGGGUGAAUCUGGUCUGGAGGGUCCGGCUGGAAAGACGGGUCCGGUUGGACCUCAGGGAGCUCCUGGAAAGCCUGGUCCUGAGGGUCUGAGAGGAGUUCCCGGUCCAGUGGGAGAACAAGGACUACCUGGUUCCCCUGGACCCGAUGGACCUCCUGGGCCGAUGGGUCCUCCUGGUUUACCUGGUUUGAAGGGAGAUACUGGUGUUAAAGGUGAAAAGGGUCAUCCUGGUCUGAUUGGACUUAUUGGACCUCCAGGAGAGCAGGGCGAGAAGGGUGACCGGGGUCUGCCUGGUCCACAGGGUUCUUCGGGACCUAAAGGAGACAAUGGUAUUUCUGGACCCUCUGGACCCCUUGGACCAAUCGGACCUCCUGGACUUCCGGGUCCUCCUGGUCCUAAAGGUGCUAAAGGAUCAAGUGGUCAAACUGGUCCGAAGGGAGAAUCUGGACAUCCGGGACCUCCUGGACCUCCAGGUCCACCCGGUGAUGUCAUCCACCCUCUGCCUAUUCUUUCCAGCCCAAAACGGGCAAAGAGGAACAUCGAUGCAAGCCAGAUGAUGGACGACGCUGCAGAUGCCAACUACAAAGACUAUGAGGAUGGUAUGGAGGAGAUCUUUGGCUCUCUGAACUCUCUCAAACUGGAAAUUGAACAGAUGAAGCACCCGCUGGGCACGCAGACUAACCCCGCCCGUACCUGCAAAGACUUACAGCUGUGCCACCCAGAUUUCCCAGAUGGUGAAUACUGGGUCGAUCCAAACCAGGGCUGUUCCAGAGACUCGUUUAAAGUGUACUGUAAUUUCACAGCUGGUGGGGAGAGCUGCAUAUUUCCUGAUAAGAAGAGCGAAGGGAGCAAAAUGGCUCGCUGGCCCAAAGACAGUCCGGGCACAUGGUAUAGUCGCUACAAGAGAGGGUCAAUGCUCUCUUACGUGGAUGCAGAAGGAAACCCGAUCAGUGUUGUCCAGAUGACGUUCCUGCGUUUACUCAGUGCCACGGCACGGCAGAACAUCACCUACAACUGUUACCAGUCUGUGGCUUGGCACGACCAGGAUCAGGACUCUUACGACAAAGCCAUCCGCUUCCUGGGCUCCAACGAUGAGGAGAUGUCAUACGACAACAACCCGUACAUCAGAGCCGCUGUCGACGGAUGUGCGUUGAAAAAGGGCUACGAAAAGACUAUUCUUGAGAUCAACACGCCAAAGGUGGAGCAGGUACCGUUUGUUGACAUUAUGUUCAACGAUUUCGGCGGAGCGACGCAGAAGUUUGGCUUCGAGGUCGGACCGGCCUGUUUCAUCGGCUAAGACUGCUCACCGAGCACACGCGAAAACAUAUUCAUUUCCUCUGAAACAAAACACAAGAAAGAAAUAGGACAACAUAUUUGUAAAGUUUUGUGUUUCCAAAAAAAAAACAAAUUUGAAGAAAGAAUGGAUGUCUAAACAAUGGGUUAUUAAAACCUCUGUGUACCCUCUUCAUCACAUGCAAGUUUUGAAACUGGAUCAUCGCUCAUAAAUCUCCAAGCCCCGCCCACUUUACACCUGUCUGAGUCUUCGCCCUGCCCCGCCCCCUGUGAUGCCACUCCUACGGGCUAUAAUGGUUUAUUUCCGACGCGGGGAGACCCCUUCUCCGUGUUUCACGUACGAGAAAUAGUUUUGUCUGUUUGUUUACUGGGGUUAUGUUUAAUGUUGUCCUCCCUUACAUUCACAUCAAAGCUUUGGUUUUUUGUGCAUACUUGUCUUCCAUUCCCUGGAAUGGUGAUUAUAUAUAUAAAUAUAUAUAAAUAUUUUUUCUAUGUUUGUAAGUACUUUCUGUAUAUUUUUUUUCUGGUGAAGUGAUUUUUUUGGCUCUGGCUUCAAAACGUGCAUGUGAACCCAUUGAGCGAUAAGGACAGAGCUGCUUGGAAAGAGUAGAAAACAACUAACGUAUCAGAUAUCUGAAACACCCCCAAAUAAAGAUAAGCAUGAGAGGGUCUGAAGACGACAACAAAAUAAAGGAAAUUAAUAACAAAAUGUUUUAUUGCAGAUGUGAACGGCGUCUUUUGUGCUUUAAAUGACAAUAAACGUAAGAUAGAAAGUGCACGCGGCCACAAAGUCAGCAUUGAUUUGCUCGCACGGGAGUCUGAUCUCACACGUACAGGCCGUCACACUGAGGAAACACAAUAUCGGUAAACUAGGUGCUAUUUCCUUUUGUCUGUGGUGCUACAAAUAUAUACCUUUCCUGUUUUGUGUUUGUUUUGAUUGAACUUGGCUCUGCGGCGACUCCCAAGCAAUUUCACGUCUUAUGUCUCUGCCUAGGUUGUUUGUGGGGAGGUGGAGUAUUUUUAUGCAUGUCGUACAAUCAUAUUCAGUCAUAAAUGAAAACAUGUUUGCCUUUGAAUGUCAUUCCUCUGAUUCAAUUCCUAUUACUUGUGGAGAAAAGUGAUGUACUGAUCCUCUGAAGCACUUACACUUUACAUUACAAUGUUCAUAUUACUGAUAACCGACUCAAACAUCUUGCGUUGUGCUGGAUGUACAAUGGACUUAUAAUGCCUAGCUGCUCAUUUCAUUUAUAACAGCAUGUAUUGCGUGUAAAAUGGGCUCUGUAAUGUAAAGUGUUAUCGUUGUUUAGUUACAACACAUCUGAGAGCUUGAAUUUUUUGUAUCAUUUCCUAUAUGGAAAUCAGUGCAAUGGAACAGCUUUCACCUCAAACGUUUAACAUAUUAAAACUUUAAACAGUUCGGAUAGCUCUGGAAAAUUGGUUUGGGACUCUGUGAAUAUCUUAAUGGAGGAUAUCUCUUACUUAUAACGCUUAUGCAAAGCAAUGAAUAGUUUAAUGAUUUUUUCUGCCAAUUUCAGCUUUUCCUCCAAAGAUAGUUCUCAGUUUUUAAUAUCAAGAAUCAAAAUUAUGUUGUAAAUUACAAAUUUUUGCUAGGUACUAUUACGUUGCUUUGAUGCACACAUAAUACUUCACAAAAAUGUUGAAUUGAAUAGAGCCACCCUUUUAUUCAUGUAAAGUCCAAUGCUAUUCUGCAUCUUUUGCCACUAAAAGCUUCCUUCGUGCCUUUCGCUUUUGACCACUAGACCUGCAAAAUCUUGCUCUUUAAUUUUUAAACAUGACUUGAAAUAUUUCUUUAAAGACGAUUGGAAAUGCAGAUGAACAAUCCAGUUCGAUAAACAAUAAAAAUGAUCAAGUAAUUCUUCUGUACAUUUAAAAACAAGCAGUGAUGCUGCUGCCAAUAAAGUUUAUUCUUAUUUGUUUUUGUCUUUGUAAUGUUUGUUUGUUUGUUUUGAGUCAAACCUGUGUACGAGCAAAUAGAUGAGAUACUGGUGUCAAUAAAUUCAAGUUUUCUGUGUCCACCCAUCUUUGUAUGUCUUUUGAAGCAUUAAAACUUUUCUGUAUGCAUGAAAUUGUUAAGCUUUUUCUCUUAAUGUUUCUUUCUUUCCCCAGUUUGGCCGUAUUAUGAUCUAGACUUGAAGUGAUCGAUGAAAACGGGCCUGUCCUUCAUUGUGAAAUGGAGCGAGAGCGAUGAUUGUUGUAACGCUCUACUAAAGCCCAUGUUCCUUUGUAGUAUAUUUAUUGUAUUAUUUAAAAAUAAAUGUUAAUUGAUACCA